CAAAGUAUGACUUUCUUCGGCAACAAGCAAUAAAGUAUGAUUUUCUUCGGCACCGAGGCGCACAACUAAACCGGUAUACAGUGGCAGUCAGGCCGACCUAAGUCACAGCCGAGCGAGGACCACGCCCUGACUACGGGAAAAAAUAGAAAGAAAUUUUUUGUAUUUCCAAUUCCGACUUAGCGCAGCACAAGACGAAUUUAGACUUGUUACCUAAUAGCAUUAGCAUUUUCUUUGUUUUCGUAGAAACACAGCAGUAGAAACACAGCAUCUGUCAUAAUGAGUGUCCGUUCCCAAGAAGGGCCUCCGAAUGGUGUGGGGGAUGGGAGUAGGGAGGACGACGAGGGGCAUGAAUCUGAGGACCCCGACUCAUGUCAAGAACAUACAGAGGACGAUCCGGAGGCGGAAAGCAGGUACCUCCAACUGUAUAUAAAGAUUCCGGACGUCGAGCCCGAGCUGCAGGAAAAAUACGCCGCGCCCUUCAAUGCCGGCAGCCGCGCCGAAACCGCUUGGCAAGAGUUGUACGACGACGCCUCUUACCAGGUGCAAAAGUGUCUGGCUCUGGAAGAUUGCCAGGUUUGUCAUGCAUUUUUCGCAUAACCUUUACCUUAACCCGUGAAGAUGCCUGUAAUGCAUGACCUAGCAUCACAGAUUUUCAAAGGGCCUUCUGAUGCGUAUUCCGCAUGAGAAACGCCCCCUCCGUGUAGCACAAACUGAACUCCUCUUGCUGGCCAUGCGAUACAGAUUACAGUGGUUGAGGGGUAAAAAAGGUCAUGCAAUACAGAUUUUUUUUACCUUCCAAACGUAUUAUUGUCACAAAUUGCAACCUUCCAGACCCAGACAGUUUUGCAUUUGAUACCUCUGAGGAAUUGGACAGAUUGCUGGGCGAGGAAAGCGGUCUCGAAUCUAUCUACAAAGGCACCCGUCUAUCCUGUGCAAAAGUAUCGCACUCGUAGUAAUUGCAAUUAUGCAUGACAAAUCUCUUUCUCAACGUAAAUUAGCACUACAAAUUGAAUUUGUAAUGCUGGGCUAAUUUGUAAUGCAGUUUAUACUAGUACGACUACAAUACUUUCGCAAUGCAUACCGUCGGGCCCCCGAGGUGGUGGAGGCGUUCACGAAGGAUGAGAAGGGCCGCGACUUCCUGGCAGCCGCGCUGCGGAGGCGUCCCGCCGCCCUAUACCUAGGCGAAAAAGUGAAGGCCACCGUCCACGCCCUGCCGCUGGAUUUUGACGCGCUUGAGCCGCUGCGGCGUUGCGGGUACGCUGCUGACGACAGUGAGUCCGCGGUCUCCACCCUCGAGCGCGCCGUGCUACGCGGCAGCUCCUCCUCCUCGUCUUCUUUAUCGCGCGACGCCGGCGCGUUCCCGGAAGAUGACGGCGGCCGAGAGGCACUUGGCUGCCUCGCCCGGGCUGCCGAAGAGCAGCUGCAGGCGUUCCGCGAGGCGUUAGAGCAGUGCGCACAGCAAUUCGGUGCGCCGGGUGCGACAGAUUUCCUACCCUCAUUUGCCGCGAAGAUGGAAGAGAGAGUGCUGGAAAUGCAAGAAGAAAUUGCAAUCCACGAGUCCCGGACCAAGCACGCUCUAUCCCAGGUCCCGAAGGUGGAGCCCCCGCCGGGCGACGCAGGUAAGCGGUCAGCGUGGCUUUUGUUAGAGAUUCGCCGCGCUCCCUACUUAAGUAGCGACUUUAAUACUUCGUAUUGCUUCAGCAUACCAGAUCCUUCCCACUUCGUUCAUUCCCCGGGUCGCAUGCUUUGAUAUCGGAAACAAAAAAAGAAUGAGAAAGAGAUAAAAGGAGCAACUCAUCUAACAGCGCAGUGUCGUACAGCCGCAGCUAGGAGCAUAUAAAAGCAUUCAAUUUGAUGAUCACAGGUCGCACCUCAAGUUCCAAGUUAGCUCCGCGAGGCGGGAGAGAGCAGUCGGACGAUGAAGUAGAAAAACGAGCUGCUCGUUCGGAACAGCAAACGGGUCGUGAUGAAGAGCGGAAGACGACGAAGAAUAUUACCGUGAGUGCUCCUAUCGCCGCUCCGGCCACAAGAGGGACGUCCAUCAGCAACGCCAACAAGCCAACUACCUCUACUUCCAAACAGGCGGCGCUACCAGAGUCUUCACCAGCAAACCGCCUCAACAGCGGUCUUCCGCUGGCAGGGUCAUCUACUUCAGGCACAAUUCUUGCGGGGGCUUCCUCUACCCGACCGAUGAAGCGACAUCAAGCGCUUGGUGAGAGUGGGAGUGGAGCGGAAAUGAUCGCAGUAGACGAAUUUGACGCACCAGCUUCCAAAACGAAAAAGUCCAGGCGUGUGGACGGGCAGGAAGAUAAAGACCCUCUGCCGAAGGAGCUCUCGACGAAGCUUCCAGAAGAUGAAAACAGAGCCACCUCCGCCUUGAGUUCGACAGUAUUGGAAAAGAAGAAAAAGGACGCGGAAAAAGAAAAACAAGCCAGCUCAAGAAGUAGUGCAGCUACAAGAACAGGUUUGCGUUGUAUAAUUUGCGUCUUUUGCUGCAACAUGAGUGCUUGUUCAUCGACUAUAGGUUUUCUGUUGUCGGAGUCGGUGUAAGUAAGUAUCUACAUCUAGUGCUCAACAUGCCACAGAAAAAGAGACGCGGAACCGCAAAGUUCAAAAUGCGCUUAAUUUGCGAAUUGAUGUUUUUACACCAGGUCCUCACGAUCAUGCCCUCGAUCGUCCGACGGGAGCCACAAGCAACUCUCGAGGAGGAGAUCACGACGACAAACCCCCGCCCCGAAGACCCGCGGCGCUCUCGAACGACUGCAAAUCCAAGGUCGAAGAGGUGCUCAUGUUGUCCAGCAACGAAGCGAGAGAACGUUGCGCGAAACAUGCCGUGGAGAUUGUUUUUGGAGAGCGCACGGAGAUAUGUAUGGCCCGCCUUCUGAAGCACGAGUUUUCAUCCUCGAAGCCCAAAGAAGGCGCUAUGAAAUGCAAAUAUGUCUGGGUCUGGAGGAAUGCAAGACGUGUCAUGCAGAUUUUCAUUUUCCAUGCCACAUCCACAUGAAGUUUGGAAUGCAGGACUUAGAGUGACAGGGUCUUCGACGUCUCUAUCAUGCCUAUCCUGCAUGACAAACUGCCUCUAAACUUGUUCAAAAGUGUACAGCUUUUGGUAGUCAUGCACCACAAAUUUUUGUACGAUCCAGACUUAGCAAUAGCAUGAAAAGUUCGCGUCCUCCCAAGACCCAGACAUAUUUGCAAUGCAUAAGCGCGAAGCAAGUGCAACAACCUCCGCGGGUUCACAGCUACCUUCUGCAGCGGGCGCGAGCUAUGGUGCAUCAGGAGCUGCGGGCGAGAAACGGUGGCCCGCCGACCGAUUCGGCGCCCGCGGCCGCCCUCGAUCCGAAGGCCUACGCAGAGCGGGUUCGCAAUGCCGGAUCCUUCGAAAAGAAGGCGGCUCAGUGGAAGCUGGUCUACGAUUCUUUGUGCAGCCUCGAUAGCCCGGAGGCUGGUGCUUCUCGCAGGAGCACAACAAAGGCGAAGCCUUUAGGCCUUCAAGGCGCCGGUGACCAAAGCACGAAUAAAGCUGGAGGCUAGCGGAGAUGUUCCGGCUUGCGCAUCUUGUUCUGUCGUGGCCUUAUUUUCAUCCUGACCGGCGCAGCCGCUGCAAGAUCUUUGGAAAGUGUGAAGAGCUGUAGUGUCAGAAAGACAACAGGAACAGGAUGAAAAAGGUCAAUAUCCCGCCACUGAUUCAGAUUUUAGUGGUGGGUGGCCGCAAGGAUCAUUGGAUGGGGUUCUGCUUGAAUCAAAGAAGGUUUAGGCUACAUCUUCAUAUUGCGACGCGUUGUAAUAAGUUGGGCAUUUCAGGCACCACUGCUUUUGUCCGUUAAGUGUCCAACAUUUCAAUUCCAGGCUUGAGUUUGUUUUCUAACGAAGCUCUGAUGUUCAUGUUGCAGCUAAUGCAAAUUAUGUUCGUUCUCGCAUCAUGCCAUGGCAUGCUUUGUUUUUGGUCCUGAAAAUGUAGAAAGGUGAGUGCUUGCUCGAAUGCAACUGGUUUCUGCGUGCGCGGCGUAUCAGACUUAUUCUUGCCUAUAAUCUUCUGCCGACAGUGGACAGGAAUGAACCCGCAGGAGGAGCUUAGCUGCUACACGUUUAUGGUGCUACGUCAAGAUGCCGACGUUACAAACAUAGACAUACAAAGCACAUAACUUGUACACAAAAUCGAUUUAAACAUUGUUUGCGUUCUGAUUACAAGGUCUUUAUUCGAAUUCCCGCACUGUGACGAGCUCGAGAACUAGGUGUAGAAGAUAUCAUACAAAUACAAUUUUCUUCUGUCGUGUGACUUGUUUUUGCUUCAGCUUAAGUUAAAAA